UUGAGUCAAAUCUUUGUUAACAGUUUAGUUUAAAUUAUUUAAGUAAUGACCAUAAGAUCUUUUUAAUAUGCUCUUUCAAUAUCAUUUUGUAUUGUUGGCGGCAGCUUUUAUAGGAAUAAUAUUCCCGGAAAAUGCAGCUCAACCUAGUGGAGUCAGAAAAUUUUUGGAACCUUCGAAAUAUUACAUUGAUGAUGUGGUACUAUUGUAUGUAAUGAAGGCCCUUAGAGAAGCAUUCAAAGAUAUACAGGAAAAGUGUUUGAGAGAAGCAGCUGGAAGGUGCAAAGCUCAUUGGAAAGACAUUCGAAUUUUGGUGAAAUGUGCGAGAGGAUUCAUGCACGAAAAUCGGCGUCGAUGUACGAAAAUGCACAUAUAAUAUAUUUCAAUGGAGCAAUAAAGAAUCUUGUUGAGAAAUAAAGAGUCAAUGUUCUUGUAAAAUACAUACUAGAAAAGCCCUUAGUCAGCAUGCAAUUAAGCCAGCUGCCUCACAGUGCCUCACUAUCGAUAAAUAAAAAUCAGACAGGUUCCGUUUGAAUUAAGUGUAUUGGCGAGACCUUUAGUACUGACACGAGUACAUGUGAUCAUCAGAACCAAUUUGAAUAUUUCAGAAAAUUUUUGGAAUAACGUUGAGUAAAGAUAGAAUUGAAAUGUAAUAAGUCACUUCAUACUACUAGAAUUUACUAGUUUACCCUGAAAGUAAUGGGGAAACAGGAACGUGUGUUAUUGAAUUAUUAAUAGAAUAGAGCAAUUUCUCGUUUAUAUUAAAAGUUGGUCAUUUCAUUAUCACAUUUCGAGGAAACUUGAUUAAUUUAAUUAGUGAAUCUGUAAGAUUUCAUACUUCCUCAUGAUACAAGGUUUCCUGUAUAAUUUCAAACUACUUUAAUGAAUGCUUAUUGAUUUUAUAUGUU